UCGACCCGACAGGCCCGACACAGUUGCAAAAAAGAAAACACCCUAAACCCUCCUUGCUUGCUAGUGCUAACGAAGUGGCAAAGGUAAAAGCAAGCAAGGCGCACUAGAAUCUCUCUUUUUUAUCUUCCCUUCUUUAAUGGAAUCCUUACAUUCUUCUUCUUUGCAAACACCAUUUUUUUCCUCCCAAUCGACUGUCCUCUCCAACAAAUCCGUGUCUAACCCAAGAACCAUAUCCCCAUUGAUGCAUCGAGUCAAGUCAAGGUUCGAACCAUUGCGGUGCACCACGAGUCACUCAUCUGAAACAGAAGCAAAACCAAAGGAGACAAAGCUUUGGGGUGGGAGAUUCGAAGAUAGUGUGACUGAUAUCGUUGAGAAGUUUACUGAGUCUAUCUCGUUUGAUAAACAGUUGUAUAAGCAUGAUAUUAUGGGAAGUAAAGCCCAUGCUUCUAUGCUUGCUGAACAGGGUUUGAUUAGCUUUAGUGAUAGGGAUAGUAUUCUGAAAGGUCUAGAUGAAAUAGAGAGACGCAUUGAAGCUGGUGAAUUUGUGUGGAGGACUGACAGGGAAGAUGUCCACAUGAACAUUGAAGCUGCACUGACAGAUUUGGUUGGUGAGCCUGCAAAGAAACUCCACACUGCUCGAAGCCGAAAUGAUCAAGUUUUGACUGAUUUCCGCCUGUGGUGUCGUGAUGCUAUAGACAGGAUUAUUAGUAGCAUUAGACAUCUCCAAGUUGCUUUGGUGAAGUUGGCUCUAAAUAAUGAGGGUCUCAUCAUUCCUGGUUAUACACAUUUACAGAGGGCACAACCUGUUUUACUUCAACAUCUUCUUCUAGCAUAUGUGGAGCAGCUUGACCGUGAUGCUGGCCGUUUACUAGAUUGUAGAGCUAGGUUGAAUUUCUGCCCUCUAGGUGCAUGUGCACUAGCUGGGACUGGCUUGCCAAUUGAUAGGUUUAUGACUUCUGAAGCUUUGGGAUUCACUGCUCCCAUGAGGAACAGUAUUGAUGCAGUUUCUGAUCGAGAUUUUGUCCUAGAGUUUCUUUCUGCUAAUUCAAUCAUUGCGGUUCAUCUAUCUCGGAUUGGUGAAGAAUGGGUAUUGUGGGCUUCGGAGGAGUUUGGAUUCAUCACACCAAGUGAUUCUGUUUCCACUGGAAGUAGCAUAAUGCCUCAAAAGAAAAAUCCAGAUCCAAUGGAACUUGUUCGAGGAAAGUCUGGUAGAGUUAUCGGAGACUUGGUUACCCUUCUCACAUUGUGCAAAGGACUUCCUCUUGCUUAUAAUCGUGAUUUGCAGGAAGAUAAGGAACCCACGUUUGACAGCGUCAAGACCAUCACGGGCAUGCUUGAAGUAUCGGCAGAGUUUGCUCAGAAUAUUACCUUCAAUUAUAAAAGAAUACAGAAGGCUUUGCCUGCAGGUUAUCUUGAUGCCACAACACUUGCUGAUUAUCUAGUUAAAAAGGGGAUUCCUUUCAGAACUUCUCAUGAUAUAGUGGGACGAUCAGUUGCACUAUGUGUGUCUAAGAACUGCCAACUUCAAGACCUGAGUCUAGAGGACAUGAGAAACCUAAGUCCUGUAUUUGAUAAUGAUGUGUAUGAGUUUCUUGGAGUAGAAAAUGCAGUGAAGAAAUUCAGUUCAUACGGUUCAACUGGUUUUGCAUGCGUUGCCGAUCAACUUGACGACUGGGCUGCCAAGCUUGAAAUCAACAAAUCGACAUGUCAUUGAUAGAUGUGGCAGAGAUGAAUGAGUUACUUGAGAGCUUUGAAAAUAAUUAUCAUGGCCUUGAAGGGAUAUAAUGUUAUUGGCAUUAAAAAGAAGAGGAAAAUGCCAUGAGUGAGUAAAAUGUCAGUGAAAUGAGUAUUGUUGUAAGAUUUAUUAUUGAGCAGAUAGUAAGUAGAUGAUGAAUGCAGAUAAUGGUUUUUGAUCAACUUAUGUUUGUUUGUUUUUAAUGCUGAAUCAAUUACAGAGACAGACAUGACAGUAAGGAAUAAACAACUAUAGUCAAGAAUAGCAGAAAAA